AUGAGAUUGAGGAAUCCGCUAACAUAUGAUCCAUUGUUAACUACUGCUUUAAAUGAUAUUUGUGUAAAGCAAUGGUUUGAUUUUCUCAAGUUUCAGACCACAGUGACGUUAAUACCGCCAGAAACAGGUGCGAUGCCAAGAGUUAGUUGGAGGGCAGAUACGGUAGACAAUGAAUUCCUGGGCAAGCACAAAUCGAAAUGUUGCUGCAUCUAUAAGAAGCCAAAAAGGUGGAGCGAUGAAUCGGAUUCCGACUCGGAUUGUGAAACCAGUCACUGUCGUGGUCAUGUGGAAAAAAGAUGUGGGAGACAUGACGGAGGAGCAGGCGAUUCUGAUGGUCGUGGUCAAGGAAUUUUUGGAAGUCCAAUUUAA